UGUGAUAAUUAAUUCUCUCAUCUCUAUUAAUUACAUCAUUGCCUUUUUCCUCUCUUUCCAAUCGUCUCGCUCAACAAGGCCUAAAUAUUAACCCAAAGGAUAUUAAUUAUAUUCUCUCGAUCGAUCAAUCAGUAAUUUAAUUUUCUGAUCAUCUGAAAAAUAUAUAUCGAAUAAAUCCAUUGUUUAAAUCAUCUUAAAAAAUGGGAGCAUGUGCAAGCAAACCUAAGGUCUUGGAGGGUACCGCUCCUGAAAAUGAAAAAUCAGAUUUGGCGAGAGAAGACAUGAAGAACAAUAAUAAGGAAGAAGGAAUUGUGGGUGAUGAUGUUGCCAAUAAGCCCCACUCUCUCAGUAAUUUGUUCAAGGAGAAUGAAGAAGGCCAAGGCUCAGAACAAGUGAAAGAGGAGACAUCUCAGACCACACAAGCUACUGAAUCCCAGCCAGAAGAAAUUGAAAAAGCUGCUGAUGCCCAUAUAAAGACUGAGAUAGAAGAAGUUGUAUCAAAGACAGAAACACCACAAGCUCAAACUUUUCUUGAAAAGACAACAGAUGAAAUAAAAUCGGAAGAGGAAGUUAUAAAACCAGAAACAGAAACUCCCAUGGAAAAGAAAGUAGAGGAACUAAAAGAAACAGUGGAGACUCCAACAGAGAAGAAAGUAGAGGAAGUAAAAGAAACAAUGGAAACUCCAACAGAGAAAAAAGUAGAGGAAGUAAAAGAAACAGUAGAGAUCACUCAAGAAGAGAAGAAAAUAGAAGAAAACUCUGAAACAAAAUCCGAAGCUCCAGUGAAGAAGAAAAUGGAAGAGAAACCAGUUAUGGAGGCAAAAAAACCUGUCAUUGAAGAAAAGAAAUCAGGAAAAUUUUGGUCGGACAAGUAAAUGGAGAUGCUUUGAAGGGCUAACAGUUGGUUCCUUGAUUACUUGAAAGUUGAAGGGUGUGGUUAAUUUAGAUGGUAUGAUCCUGAUUUUCUUAUUGAACAAGUUGGGAUGAGCAAGACUUAAUAUUUCAAUAUUCAUAUCAUUCAUCUCAUUAUCAUACAGUAUGAUUCAUACUAUGUUUUCACCUCGUACACUAGCACAUUUGAUGAUUCAUACUAUGUUUUCACCUCGUACACUAGCACAUUGGACACAAUCUACUUUUAAUUUUCUCUAUCAGUAACAAAAAUAUGUUUUAUU